GCCGGGCGCUGCUGGGGGGCGGAGGCGGCGGUCCCGCUCGGGGCGCCAGCGGGCGCCUCUCCCCCCGGUCCGCCCGGCCGCGAUGCCUCGGGAGCGCGGCUGCGGCCGCUGCCUGCUCCUCGCCGCCUGCGCCCUGCUGCUCCGCCCGCCGCUGCGCUCCCGCGCUUUUGCUGUAAAUGUAAUUCCUGGAAGUGCAGAAGAUGAGACUGAACUACCAGUGCUGCAGAAGUGUGAAAAAAGGGGAACAAUUCGUAAAAUAAGCCAAGAAUUGAAAGAAAUUGUAUUUGUCAUCCAAAGUCAAAGUAAUUCUUUUCAUUCCAAGAGAGCAGAAGAUCUAAAAAGAGAUAUUUUAAAACAGGCUGCAGAUCUUGGAAAGGAAUUACCUACGGUUCUGCUUAUUCAUGAGAUGGACGGUCAUGAAGGUGCAUGGACAAUAUUACCAUUAAUGAAAGACUUCUCUGUUACCUAUGGUAGGAACUCAUCAUGGAUUUUCUUCUGUGAAGAAGAUACAAGAAUACAAGUUGUAAAGCUGCUAGAAACACUUGGAAGAUUUGACGGGUCUAAGGAAUGUUUUUUAGGUAAAGCAUUGUAUGAUGAAGAGUCUACAAUAAUUCACCAUUAUGCCUUUGCUGAAAAUCCUACAGCCUUUAAAUUUCCAGAUUUUGCUGCUGGUUGGGCACUUAGCAUUCCGCUUGUUAACAAGCUGGCAGAGAAGUUGAAAAGUGAACCACUCAAGUCAGACUUUACAAUAGAUUUAAAGCAUGAGAUCGCUCUGUAUAUUUGGCAGAAAGGGGAAGGACCACAUCUUACUCCAGUGCCUGAGUUCUGCACAGAUGAUGUGAGCUCAUAUAAAGCUGAUCAUUGUGCAACAACAUUCAGUAAUUUUCUGCCACUUUGUGGAGAGCCAGUGAAAAAGGAAGAUAUCUUCAUUGCUGUAAAAACAUGUCAGAAAUUUCAUGGAGACAGAAUACCGGUUGUGAAGCAGACUUGGGAAAGAGAAGCUGCCCUUAUUGAAUACUACAGUGAUUAUGCAGACAUUUCAAUUCCUACUAUAGAUUUAGGCAUACCUAACACUGACAGAGGUCACUGUGGGAAAACUUUUGCCAUUUUGGAAAGGUUUUUGAAUCAUAGCUCUCCCAGAACUCCGUGGUUAGUCAUAGUGGAUGAUGACACACUAAUAAGUAUCUUCAGGCUCCGAAAAUUGCUCAGCUGCUAUGACCCAAAUGAACCAGUAUUUCUUGGAGAGCGUUAUGGAUAUGGCUUGGGAACAGGAGGAUAUAGUUACAUCACUGGUGGUGGAGGGAUGGUUUUCAGCAGAAUAGCUGUUCAGAAACUACUUGCUAGUAAAUGCCGGUGUUACAGCAUGGAUGCACCUGAUGAUAUGGUCCUAGGGAUGUGUUUCAGUGGCUUAGGAAUCCCUAUAACGCACAGCCCGCUUUUCCAUCAGGCACGGCCAAUGGACUACCCAAAGGGCUACCUUUCUCACCAGAUUCCAAUAUCAUUUCACAAGCACUGGAAUAUUGAUCCAGUGAAGGUGUAUUUCACAUGGCUGGCACCAAACACAGAAGAGUCGCUUAAUGGAAAGAAAGUUGGAUAUAACAGGGAGGAUUUAUAAGAAGUAGAAGAAUUUGUGUGGAUUAAUGUAUUGCACAUGAGAGAGAGUCACUCCUGUGAUUUUGUGUUCUCACGUUGUUCAUUUGUUCAUGACAUAGAAGACAGUGUUUUGUUCCUACUUGUUAUAUUCCUUCAGAGCAGUGGAAGAAGACACUUAGUUGACUUUGGAUUUUUUUUAUGCUUGGUUUCCUUCUUAAAUCUUUUGGGACUUUGUACACCAAUGAAGUUGAUGCGUGUUAAAAAUGUCUCAUACAAUUUUAUCUGUUCUGAUUUGGACUUGGAGUCAAGCUGCAUCAAUUUACAUUUCCUUCCUUUGUUCUCUCAAAACUCGAGUGAUGUAUUUGGAAGCCUAACGCUGAAUGUGUGUUGAACAUCAUCUCUCACUGACCUACAGAAAGCGGAUCUGUUCUGAAACAGGCGCUUGAGGAAUUAGAGAGGAGACAUGACGUUUUCUGACAGAAGUCAGAUUGUGUGAAGGCUGUGUCCCUUUAUGCUCAUUUCAGAUAGAAAUAGUGUUGUUUCCUGGGAUAGAUGGACCAAGCGUGAAGCACUGUUUUAUCUUUAGGUUUAUUAGCAUUUGUGAGGAAUAUCAUGUUCAAAACCGAAUAAAAAUAUUAAGGACGGGGAUUUCUGAUGUGGCCACGGGAGGUCACUGUGGCUCCUUCAGAAACCGAAGUCACGGUGUCUCUGUUUGGCAAGUAUAAACGUGACUCUUAAAGGUUUUUGCAGAACUAACACUUCAGUACUUCUGAUGUGUGCGCUUCAAUAGUAUAUGGAUGCCAGCUUUAAAAACUUUGUAGCAUUCCUAAUUUAUAUCAUCAAGAUAAGUAAUUUUAUGCAUACCACGUGUAAAGAGUGAUUUGUAUUUAAAAUAUUACCGAUUAUCCUUUUUUUUAGUAAUUCAGUUUUGUAAAAAUGAUUGUACAAAAACUGGCUUUAGUAUGUUCUGAACUAAUUUUUAUACUGUAAAAUACUUCAUUUUAAGAUCACAGUAUAUGGCACUUGUAUGCUGUUAUUUAACCUCGCUUGCUGUAUUGUAACCAAAUACAGGGUCUUAAAGCCAUACUGCCGAAUUAAUUUGUGUUUUCUUUUGUUUUAGUGGGUUAAAAACUGGCUUCACUCCAGAGUAAUGCAAUACUUGCUCUUAAGUCGAAGCAGGGGAGCCACUGUUUCCUGUUUCAGUAGUUACUGAAGUUGUAUAAAUGUUUGUUGGUGAAUGUAGCUUGUGGAAUUUUAAGCAUUGGAAUAGCAAGCACAUAUUCAUAAGAGAUUUAAAUUCUGAUUAAAUAGGGAACAAUCCGUGUUAUAUGUUUUUUUUCUUUUUUUUCCCCACUAUCAGUGCCUUAAACAGUAGACGUUACACUGAUACCAGGACUGUGUUCUCUGGUACCGUGAGUGAAUUGUUUAGUUAUGUUUACUGUUUAGAACUGUGAGAGCUGAAAGCUGAAUAAAAGCAUUCUUCUAUAACGUUUUGUGCCUUCUUCCUCUUUGCAAACUGAGUACAGGAUUAGUUAAGCACUCAUGUCCUAAUUCUAUCACUCGAAUAGUAUGCUGUGGUCGGUUCU